GAAGGAAGAGCACGAGGCCUGGACCAUUGAUGAUUAUGUGGCCAUCCUCAGGGAACUAUCGAAGUAUGGCCUGGCCGCUAUCUGCAUCGUCGACGCCAUGGAUGAGUCCGAGGAUGAUGGUGGCAGUUUUGAGCUACGCUCUCGCAUCAUAGUCCUCAUGGCCGACCUCUGCAAGGGGCCGUCGUCCAGGCUCAAGUUUUUGGUACUCAGUCGCUACACGGCGGACAUCAACAAAGCCCUCCACAAGUAUUGGAAGACUAGCCGUCAGCUCAACCAUCUUGUGCUAGAGAGAGAGAACUCGGGAGACAUUGAGACUCUCGUUGAGAACGGACUUAGCGGGUUAAGGCACGCAAUAAGUAUGUACGAGUCCGAUACUGAAAAUGACGACGAAGAUGGAGACGGCAUCAUGUUCGACGCAGGUACAAGCAAUACCUUUAACUUUCCGAUAAGCCGUACCGACACUGGGCAUUCCUUGCAAGAGUCCCUGGUAUUCUCUCGGAUCCGAAAUUAUCUGAUAGCCAAUUCAGACGGAGUCAUUCUUUGGGUCAAGCUCGCCAUACAGACGUUCAUGGCCCGAGUGAGACGCGGGUUUUACAAACUCGAGGAUCUAGAGGCAGACAUGAAGUCGCUCCCCAAGGAGAUCAUCGAUUUCUACAAACUUACAAUUGCAGACUUGGAAGCACGAUAUCCCCCGGAGGAGCUGCAGAGGACACGCACGGCACUCAUGUGGGUGGUUGGUGCCAGCGCCAUCAGAUCGCUAGCACUCGGUGAGCUAUACGAGGCUCUCUGUGUGCCUACGGCAACCGCAGAGUCGAACCAGACACGUUGUAAUCUCGACCCAAUUGCCAACAGCCCAACUCGUAUCCACGCGAAAUCGUGGUUGGCUUUCUACCGGCAACUCCGCGUCCGCUGUGGUCCGCUGUUGGAGGUCAUCAUCCCGCCGAGCCGCGAGACGGGCUCGAGCUUCCGCAAAGACACGGAGAUCAACCCCCACUUCACGAUCCAAUUGCUGCACCGCACUGUGAAGGACUUCCUCAUGUCCGCGGACGAAUCCGGGAGCCUGGCUUUCACUCAAAACGAUGCGGACAAUCUUGUGUGGCAGACAAUGCACACAUAUCUAGACCUCGCGCUCCCGAAAGAUGCGGUGGGAUACUGUCCAGUCCCCGCGAGCGAGGACCACGACAUGUUCGGCGCCCCAAACGUUGUUCCAGCCAUGGUAGAGUACCUCGAGAACAAGAACCUGUUGGAAUUCGUCCUGACGGCCGUACCAGAAGACGAUCUGCUGCCUCACCUCAUGAUCUUCGAGCGCAGCUUCUUCCCUCCCCUCAUGGAGAUCGCAGGCACCGACUGGGAUCAGAUGCUGCAGGAAGUAUCGUUUUCUUACUUUUACUAUGCGUGCCAUCGUGGGCUGGCGAGGGCUAUGACCAAUCUACUUUCCAUGGCGUCCGUGCUGCUGGUUAGUUGGCCAACGUUGCUUCGGUAUGGAGCUCUCGCAACGGCCUUGAAGCGGUGCUCUUCGCAGUUCCGUAACGCCGCAGUUUCAACCGACGGCCCUGCUGUGCAACCUGCGGAUGCCGCGCCGCACCAAAUUCUCUCUGAUCGGGCUCCUCGGCCUGGGAGACCGACAGCGCGUCGAUAGCGCCAAUUGUCCGCCUCAAUUACCUCCUUCUGAUGAACGACCCGUCCCGCUUCUUCAAGGCCCUGGGCAU